GCGGCCUUUUUCCUUAAAGCUCCGGGUCCAGCACAGGUUGCUCAUCAGCUUCCUCACUGCCGAGCUGCAGGGCGAAAAGGCGGAUUUGAAGCAUUACCAGCCACAAUGUCAGACAGAAGCCCCUUCGAAACGGACAUGCUCACCCUGACCCGCUACGUCAUGGAAAAAGGGCGCCAGGCCAAAGGGACUGGGGAGCUCACGCAGCUGCUGAACUCCAUGCUCACGGCCAUCAAAGCCAUCUCCUCAGCCGUGCGCAAGGCAGGCCUGGCCAACCUGUAUGGAAUAGCGGGGAGCAUGAAUGUGACGGGAGACGAGGUGAAGAAACUGGAUGUGUUGUCCAAUUCCCUGGUGAUCAACAUGCUGCAGUCCUCCUACAGCACCUGCGUCCUGGUCUCGGAAGAAAAUAAGGACGCGAUCAUCACCUCCAAGGACAGGAGGGGGAAAUAUGUGGUCUGCUUUGACCCACUGGAUGGAUCUUCCAACAUUGACUGCCUGGCCUCCAUCGGGACCAUAUUUGCCAUCUACAGAAAGACCACAGAGGACGAGCCUUCCGAGAAGGACGCCCUGCAGCCCGGUCGCGAGAUUGUGGCCGCCGGCUACGCGCUCUACGGCAGCGCGACCCUCGUGGCGCUCUCCACCGGGCAGGGAGUGGACCUCUUCAUGCUUGACCCGGCUCUUGGUGAAUUUGUCCUGGUGGAGAAGGAUGUCAAGAUUAAGAAGAAAGGAAAGAUUUACAGCCUCAAUGAGGGCUAUGCCAAGUAUUUUGACGCUGCCACCACUGAAUAUGUGCAGAAAAAGAAGUUCCCCGAGGAUGGCAGUGCUCCCUAUGGGGCCAGGUAUGUGGGCUCCAUGGUGGCCGAUGUGCACCGUACCCUGGUCUAUGGAGGGAUCUUCAUGUACCCGGCCAACCAGAAGAGCCCUAAGGGCAAGCUCCGGCUCCUGUACGAGUGCAAUCCUAUGGCUUUCAUCAUUGAGCAGGCAGGAGGCUUGGCGACCACAGGCACCCAGCCUGUACUGGACGUGAAGCCUGAGGCUAUUCACCAGCGGGUCCCCCUCAUUCUGGGGUCCCCGGAUGAUGUGCAGGAAUAUCUCCUCUGUGUACAGAAAACCCAGGCAGGCAGGUAGUGAGCGUGACCCCACAAGCUCUCACCUCCUGUCCCUUGUGCUAAGGACCCUAAAUGAGUGAGAAGCGGAGGUGGCUGGGAGAGAAGAAGAGGCGAGCGUGCCUUACCGCGCAGAGCAGAGCAGCACACGCUGCUGACAACAGCUUUAGAAGCCAGAGCUGACGUAAAGGGCUAAGUGCUCCAUGUAGAGGGCGAAAAAUAAAACCCACACGUGAGAAGCACGACUUUGACUUGUCUUCUGUCAUGAAUAGUGGCAAGUGGGGCUGUAAUUCUAAGUCUGUCAACCCAAGUAAUCAGCAGCUGUACGCUUGGGGACAAGAGUACAUGGAUCAGUUAAGAAUUCAUCUUGGUUGGCUUGAAAUUUGAACCUAAUGUCAUACUGUAGUGACUCCUUCCUCAUUAUAUACAUAUGUAUAUAUAUAUUUUAAUGGCUGACUUAAUUUCUUAGAAGAGUUUUUGUGUCUUCUUUUGGAAAAUUUUUGUGUAACAAAUCUCAUGGCUAUUAAAUUCUGAAAUUUC